AUCCUCCCUCCACCGAUACUCCUAGGUUCUGGUGUUCCAAUUCCGUCGGUGACGCGAAGUUUAUUGAACGCAACUCGUUUGUGUUUUCCUAUUCGUGCCCGUACUAAUAUUAUUAAUUCUGUCGUUCACCGACGCCGCCGCCGCUAUCUUCAGUGCUAAUAACACCGUUAUAAUAUCGUCAACAGUGGUGCGAAAUAGUUUGGACGUUUUAUAAAGAAAUGACAUUAAUCAUCAUUUGUGCAUGAAGAACGGCUAUUAACCAAAAUUCUAAUUCUCGCAAUUGGCGGUGCGGACUGAACAAGGUAAGUUUCGUCCGAUUAAUUGUGUUUGCUCGUAGGUAAUCGAUUCUAGCGACCAAAACACCGGGUCGUCGCAUAUCCUGCCACACCCAGUAGGUAGUGAAGCUGUCAAUUAAUUUCGAGGGUCCCGUGCAUGUUUGACGUCAGUUAUAUCAUUUUCCGACCUGCUAAUACCCAUUACCCAAGUUAUUACCUAAUAGGGUAUCUUGGCUAGCCGAUCACUCAAUGAUAAUAAUGAAUUAUAUUUUAUUGCUUUAAAAAAAAAAUAACCAAAGUGCGAUAUAAAACAGUCGAUGAGUAUAACAUUGUCGGUAUUAAUUCGAUUUGGAUUCUUGUUCACUAAAGAGGCAGAGCAGUAUUAUAAUAUUAUUGUCUUUGCGUUAGCUGUGUAAGUAAUGAUUCAUCAAAAGGUUAACUUAUUACUAUUUUUAAUAUUUUAAAUUGCGAAAUACUCGAAAUAGUCUUCAUGUUAAAAACUUGAUAAUACUGAAUUGAAUAUUAUAGACCAAGUAAGUGGUAAUACAUUGUUUGUCUAUAUAGUUUUAUAGUAGGUAGGUAGUAUAAUAAAACCAUAAUAAAUUCUAAAUACCGGUACAAUGAAUUAUAAUUUAAUUUGUUUUUAUUGGCAUUUUAAUUGUUAUUUUAUUACCUAUCAUAUAUGUAUACACAAUAAUUUCUCUGUGCUUAUUCUAAUAAAAAUAUUACAUUUUCAAAAUAUCUAACACAAUAAAAUAAUUAGGUAUUAAAUGUGGCAGUUUUUUCUGUGUAAACUAGAAAAAUGCUUAUCUGGAAUAUCUAUGUUACUAUAUGCAUACUUUAUUUUAGUACUUACCUACUUGUUACAAUGAUUACAUUCAUUUAGCAGGUAUAUAUUUUACUAGUAUAAUAUAUUUGACAUAUUAUAUACCUAUUUAUAUGUAUCAUCUUCAAGGAUUUUUCAAUUAAAUAAUUUUUUCACAAAUACUUAUGAGUAUAUUAUCCUAAUAAAGUGUUAAGAGGAUACUACACUACCAUUUGCCGUCUUUGUCUAUCUAAUGGGCUAUGUACUAAGAAUGUACUUUUACACUUCCGAUAGUAAUCUGGGUUAAGUUAGGUAAGAUCUUAAGAUGGAUCUUAAAUCAAUCGAAAAAGGUUUUUGACAAAAAUUAAUCUAAAGUGACUUAAUAUUUCAAUUUAAUUCAAUCAACUUUUUAUUUAUUUUAUGCACGGAAAUACUUUUUAAUUGAUUUUGAAAUAAGCCCUUCAGAUUUGAUGAAAAUUAAACAUAUUUUGUUUCUAUUAUUAAAGCUUAAGUACUUAUAAGAAGUACAAAAAUGCAGUUUUGCUAUAUUGCUAAUUAGAUAGAUAAAUACUACAGAAUAUACUACUACUAGUAUUUAUGUAGGUAUUUUUUUCGUCAGUCAGUUGUCAGUCCUAUUGUCCAUAGUAUAGUCGUCAGCAUAGGUGCAACUAAGGGGUUGCUAGAGGGUCUUUAACACCCCCAAGUUUAUAAUUACCAUUCCCAAAAAUCUCAAUCAGGUUUUUCAUAGUAAUAAUAAAAUAUUUUAUUUGUGUAUCUCAUAUUUCUUGAACAGAACAAAGUACAGGUUUCCUACAGACAAUGCAUGUGUGUAUAAAAAAUAAUGUUAAAAUAAUCACAACAAAUAUGUAUAUACAAUAUUGUAAAUGAAAGAUGUAACUAACUAUUGUAAGAGUCAUGUAAAGGGGAUUGUGGGGGCAUAGCAGUCAUGGAUUUUUGAUGUGUUCAUAAUUUUAACACCUCCAGUAUUGGUGGUCUAGUUGCUCUUAUGGUUGUCUGUUAUUAUAAUAUACUAUAAAGUAUUUACACGCUUCGUCUUGCCAACAAAAAUUGUUUGAAUUUGUCAUUGUCAGAGAAGGAAGCAACAAAACCUUGCAAACAAUCUACCAUUUGAUAGAAUUCUAAUGGAUAUUAAAACCAACUUUCCUCCUCAAAAAAAAAUUUUAACUAAAUUUUUUUUAAUUUUAUUUUUGCUUGAAAUUGUAAAUUAUUUUCCAUAAGUAUUCAUUAUUUUUACAAGAUUUUUAUUACUAUACUGAUAAUACUAUACUGCUUGAAAUUUUAAAAUGAUUAAAUGUUAACUAAAUUUUAAUUAAACGUCAAUGAUAUAAUACAAAUUCAUAAUUUUUUUAUUAUUUAAUAAAUUGCGGUAGUAGUCAAGGUAAAACGGAAAUACCAAAAAUAAUUAUUAAUAGUACUAGGUAGUACCAAUAAUAGGUUUUGUUUCCUAUUUGACAAAUAUAAAUAGGUAUAAUACAAAUAUAUAACUAGCUACCUAUUUGCUUUUUAAAUAAAAAUUUAAUCAAGUACCUAAGUGCCUAUUCUAAUGAUUUCUGGUUUAUUUAUUAUCAUACAUUUUUAGGUAAUAAAUACUUAAAGGUAUGAAAUGUAUUAUAUUUUACAUAAGGUGUAUUAGGAUAAUUCUACAUGCUUGAAAAUUGUUUUUAAAUCAGAGGUUCUCAAACAUUUUUGGUUGAUCUAAUCUUAAACAAAAAAUAAUUAAACUAAUUUGAUAAAAUUUGAUACCAGAAACUACUUCUGAAGUUAAUGAUUCAAGAAAAUCUUCAGUCCUUAUUUUGUUCAUAAUUUUAUUACUAAUAAGUAUUUAAUGUAUUUUUUUACAUAUACUGGUUAAAUUAAUUGUCACAUCUCUGUUAAUAUUAAUUUAUGAUUGUUUUUAACUACCUAGUCAUAAAGUAGUAUAAUUUAAGCACCUAACCUAAAUUUCAAUAACAUAAAAAUACAACAGAUAAAUAAUAAGUAUCUAAAUUGAUAUUUAUUUAGUUUUCAAUGAAAUUUUGUCAUUUUUAGAAAUUAAAAAAAUGGAUCCUUUGAUUCCAAAAGAGGUUAAAAUCCUUGAAUCUGCAGAAGAUAUUCAAAACCGACGUUUACAAGUACUAGGUCGUUAUAGCGAAUUUAAGGCAGAAGCUCGUUUAAAAAGAGAGAAACUUGAAGAUUCUAGAAGAUUUCAAGUAAAUUUUUUUAAAUUAUUUACUUUUGUAUCAGAAUAAAAUAUAUGUAUUUAUUAAAUCCUAAAUUGGUAUUUAUCUAUUUUAUUUUAGUAUUUUAAAAGAGAUGCAGAUGAACUGGAAUCUUGGAUACUUGAAAAAACACAAGCUGCAUCAGAUGAAAGUUACAAAGACCCAACCAACUUGCAGGUUAAUAUUAUAAAAACUAGAUAAUUAUUUAAUAGAAAUAUACCUAUCAUAUUACUUUUUAGGCAAAAAUUCAAAAACAUCAAGCAUUUGAAGCUGAAGUUGCUGCUCAUAGUAAUGCAAUUGUUGUUUUGGAUAACACUGGAAUGGGAAUGAUAAAUCAAAAUCAUUUUGCAUCUUCUGAAAUUCGCCAGAGACUUGGUAAUUUUUUUAGAAAAAUAUUAUAUAUAAUUUACCUGAUUUAAAAAUUGUACAAGUUGUAUUAAUUUGGUAUAUUUUAAUGCUACCAUCUUCACUAUUUUAAUACCUUAUAAUGGUUAUAAAUAAACCUACCUUACUGUGUUAUUACUUAUUAAUAAUAUAAUAUGAUUUAGAUUUUAAUGUUAAAUAUUAAGUAUUUUAAAAUAUUUUCUUGGACAAUGUUUUGAACUAAUUACAAAAUUUGAUUUUUAUGAUGCUUCAGUGAAUUAUGUAUAUGUACUAAUAUACAAAUUUAAAUUUUUUUUAGAACAAUUGCAUAUAGAUUGGGAUUUACUUUUGGCAAAAUUGGCUGAAAAAGGUGUCAAACUACAACAAGCUUUGGUUUUAGUGCAAUUUUUAAGACAAUGUGAUGAGGUUAUGUUUUGGAUCAAUGAUAAGGUUAGAAGUAAAUUUUAAAUAGUUAAAAAAUACUUUGUUAAACAUAUUUAAAAUAUGUUAUUUAGGAAACAUUUGUUACUACUGAUGAAUUUGGUGCUGAUUUGGAACAUGUAGAAGUAUUACAGCGUAAAUUUGAUGAAUUUCAAAAAGACAUGACAUCACAGGAGUAUCGUGUAACUGAAGUAAAUGAAUUAGCUUCUAAAUUGGUCUUGGAAGGACAUCCUGAAAGAGAAACAAUUUUGAAAAAAAAAGAGGUAAAAUAAUAAUACAUGGUACAAUUUUAUAUUUUUUAUUAAUAAAAAUCUACAAUUAGGAUUUGAAUGAAGCAUGGACUCGACUUAAGCAGUUAACUUUAAUGAGAGAAGAACGUUUAUUUGGGGCUCACGAAAUACAACGGUUUAAUCGUGAUUCUGAUGAAACAGUUGCAUGGAUAUCUGAAAAAGAUGGUAUUUUGUCAUCUGAAGACUAUGGAAGGGAUUUAGCUAGUGUUCAAACUCUUCAGGUUUGUUAUAUAUAUAUACAUUUAUAUUAUUAGUAGUACUAUUAUAUCUAAUUAUUUUGUAGAAUCCUAUGUACGUUAUUACUAUUUUAUCAUUCUUUCAACUUGCUUUUUUCAUCUCAAAUUUCUGGUAUUAUGUAUAAUAUGCUAUUAAGACAUCUGUCCUAAAAUAUUAGUUAGAAAGAUUAAAAGGAUUUAAUAUUUACCUAAAAGUGAAAAUUCAGUAACAUCAUUAUUGAUUGUAUUGACAAUGUUUAAAAUAAUAUAUAAUUUAAUCAUUAAAACUGAGAGUGUAUAUUUUCUUAAUCACUUAAAUUGUUUAUGAAAAAAUUAAUACAAAUUAAAAUAAUAUUAAUUAUAACUUUAGAGAAAACAUGAAGGAGUUGAAAGAGAUUUAGCAGCUUUAGAAGAUAAAGUUUCAAUUUUGGGCGAAGAAGCAGAUCGUUUAUGUGGAAUCCACGCAGAUCACAGUUCACAAAUUCAAAACAAACGAGGAGAAAUUGUUGCUUAUUGGGAACGUCUUACUGCUAAAGCACAGGAAAGAAGACAGAAGUUGGACGAGUCUUAUUCUCUUCAACGCUUUUUAGCUGAUUACCGUGAUUUGACUUCUUGGAUUAACGAUAUGAAAGCAAUUAUAUAUUCUGAUGAAUUGGCAAAAGAUGUGGCUGGCGCUGAAGCUUUAUUAGAAAGACAUCAAGAGCACAAGGUAUAUUAUAAUUUAUAUUGAUGAUUAAAUAUUUUAUUUUAUACAUGGUUUUUAAUUUAGGGGGAAAUUGAUGCUCGUGAGGAUAGUUUCCGUAUUGCAUUGGAGUCUGGGGAACAUAUAUUAAAAAGUGAAAAUGCACCUACUUUGGUUAGUGAAAAUUUAAGUAAUUUGAUCAGUGAAAAGAGUUCAUUGUUAGCUUUGUGGGAAGAGAGACGGAUAUUGUAUGAACAAUGCAUGGACUUGCAAUUAUUUUAUCGCGAUACUGAACAAGCAGACACCUGGAUGGCUAAACAAGAGGUAAAUAUUUAAAUAAAUAAUAGGUAUAUUUAAUAGUACAUUUUUUUUUUAGGCAUUCCUUUCUAAUGAAGAUUUGGGUGAUUCCUUGGAUAGUGUUGAAGCAUUAAUUAAAAAGCAUGAAGAUUUUGAAAAAUCUUUAGCUGCUCAGGAAGAAAAAAUUAAAGCUCUAGAUGAGUUUGCUACAAAAUUAAUUGAAGGACAACAUUAUGCCACUGAAGAUGUUGCACAGCGGCGUGAAAUGGUAAACUUCUUGCUUAAAUAUUCAAUAAGUUUAUUUAUCUAAUUUAUUAUGAUUAUUUAUAAAUUAAAUAAAAUUUAAAUUAUUAUUUCUAGCUUUUAGAAAGACGUACUGCAUUACUUGCAAAAUCGUCUCAAAGACGUAGUGUUCUUGAAGAUUCAUAUAGAUUACAACAAUUUGAAAGGGAUUGUGAUGAGACUAAAGGAUGGAUUAAUGAGAAAUUAAAGUUUGCUAAUGAUGAUAGUUACCUUGUAAGUAUUGGAUUAUUAAUAUUUAUUGUUUAUUAAUUAUUUAAAAUAAUUGUAAGUAAUUUAUGAUAUUUAUUUUAUUUGUUUAUUAUGCAGGAUCCAACAAAUCUGAAUGGAAAAGUUCAAAAACAUCAAAAUUUUGAACAAGAACUUAAUGCUAACAAAUCUCGCAUGGAAGAAAUUACUUCUACUGGUCAUGAGCUUAUUGAAUCUAAACAUUAUGCUUUAAGUCAGUACAUUGAAUUAUGAAAAAUUAUAAGAGUAUUUUUUGUAAAUGAUAAUUUAAUUUAAAUUUAAUUUUAGAUCGUAUUCAAUUAAGAAUGGAUGAAAUAGUUCAUUUAUGGGAAAAUUUAGUCACUGCUUCGGGACAAAAAGGAUCAAAACUACGUGAAGCUGCACAACAGCAACAAUUUAAUCGUACCGUUGAAGAUAUAGAGCUGUGGUUAUCGGAAGUUGAAGGACAACUAUUGAGUGAAGAUUACGGAAAAGUAAUUUUUAUUAUUGAGAAUAUAUUGUUUUAAUUUCUUUGUGAAAUAUUUUUAACGUGUGUAUUUUGUUAAGGACUUAACAAGUGUACAAAAUCUCCAAAAGAAACAUACUUUGUUAGAAGCUGAUGUUGCUUCACAUCAAGAUAGAAUUGAAGGUAUAAAGAUAACAGCUGAUCAGUUUGUAAAUGGAGGUCAUUUUGAUGCAGAUAAUAUUCACGCUAAACAGGUAUGUUUUUUCAUUUAAAUUGCUCUCUUACAAAUUAUAAUUUUUAUUUAACUAUUUAAAUGUUAGACUGCAUUAUGCGAUCGUUAUUCUUCUUUAAAAAAACCAAUGGAAACACGGAGACAACGAUUGGCUGACUCACUUUUAGCACAACAGCUAUUUAGAGAUGUUGAAGAUGAAGAAGCUUGGAUCCGUGAAAAAGAACCUGUUGCUGCUUCAACUAAUAGAGGUAUCUUAAUAUAAUAAAUAUAUUUCUGAUUCAAAAAAAAAAGUUGACUUCAUAUUAAAGAAUGAACAAAGUUAUUAAAUUAAAUUAAAUUAUAGGUCGUGAUUUAAUUGGCGUACAAAAUUUAAUGAAAAAACAUCAAGCUGUUGUGGCUGAAAUCAAUAAUCAUGAGUCUCGUAUAGCUGCAGUUACUCAAGCAGGGCAACAAAUGGUUGACGCUAAACAUUUUGCAUCUGAAGAUAUAAAGCAACGUUUAGCUAAUCUCAAUAAACAUUGGAAUCAUCUUAAAGAAAAAGCACUUCAGGUAUAAUUUGUAUUCUUUUAUUAAAUAUAAGAUGGUUUUUUUUUUUUUUUUGAAAACUAAUUUCUCAUUUAAAAUAAAUACAUUUUAGUAAAAAAAAAAAAAAAAACCAAAACAUUUGUUACUUUUAUAUCCUAUUGAAAAUGAAUAAAUAACAGCUAGGUGUAUUGCAACCAAAAAUAUAUAAGUUUAGUCAACUCUCGAUAAUUCAAAGGUGGCGGGACUUAUGAAAAAUGUUGAAUUGUUGAGAUGUUUAAAAUACUGAGAGAGCAAAAAUAAUUUGAAUUACAGAGUUUUGAAAAAAAUGUUUGUAUUUUUAUUCAAAAAUUAAAAACAAUAGUUACAAAAAUUGCCAACAUUUGUUUAAAUUGUUGUUUAUUUAUUCUUUUUAAAAUAAAAUUAUUGUGAUACUUUACUUAACAAUUUAUAAACUUUUAUAUCAUUUAUUUUUCAAUGUUUUUUAAUUGUUUGAUCAAAUGUUCUUUGUCUAACAUAUAAUAUACACUAAUAUACACUUCCUGCAAUGCAAUACUUGAAAGUAUUUUCUUUUUGGGCUUCUUCAGUUAAUAAAAUAUUUAAUCAAGCACAUACAAUGACUGUUCCAUUUAUAUUAGAUACUCAAAAAUAUUUGUUAUCUAAAGUAAAUUCUAUAUUGGAGAAUUUUUUACUGGAAUGCUAUAUCUUAUGAACAUGUACAUUUUUCAGUAUUAAGCUUGUAUCCUAAACACGAAUACGAAUCUGUAAAUUAUAUUAACUCAAAAUUAUGAACUUAAACUCAUUUGUAUUUAUCAGAAUUUUUAAAUAAUUUUUUGUAUAGAAUCAUAAAAAUACAAAUAUCAUGAUUAAUGUGAUUAUCUGAAUUGGCACUAAUAAUCUGAAUACUUUUAAAGCAACUUAUGUGAUAUUUAUUAUAAUCAUAAAUUCUAUGUAUGUUAUAUACUUUAUUAAUAUUAAAAUUUUAUUUUUUAUUUUUAUGUAGCGCAAACAAGACUUGGAAGAUUCUCUUCAAGCGCAUCAGUACUUUGCUGACGCUAAUGAAGCAGAAUCAUGGGUUAAAGAAAAAGAACCAAUGGUAUUGAGUCAAGAUUAUGGAAGAGAUGAAGAUUCUUCUGAAGCAUUAUUAAAAAAACAUGAGGCAUUAUUAUCAGAUUUGGAAGCUUUUAAAACCACAGUUGGAUCACUUUCAGAACAAGCUGCUGCGUGUAAGGUGAGGAAAUAUUAUAUUUUUACUAUUUUUAGUUACCUAUUAGGUGCUUAUAAUAAUUAGACACUUAUGUCCUUAAUUAUAAUUUAAUAGUAAUAUAUUACAAUUGAUAAUUCUACGGGGUCUUAUUAAAUUUAUGAUAAUACUUUUUAUUAUAUUAGCAACAAGAGACUCCCGUGGUUGAUGUCAGUGGAAAGGAGUGUGUUAUGGCCUUAUUUGACUAUACUGAAAAGUCCCCUAGAGAAGUUUCAAUGAAGAAAGGAGAUGUUUUAAUUCUUUUGAACUCUAAUAAUAAAGUAUGAGAUUAUACAUUUUAAAAUUGUCUUUAUUUAAGAGCAGAAUUUUUUUUAUUAUGUUUUAAUCAAUACAUUGAUCCAUAUUUUUUUAUUAAAGGAAUGGUGGAAAGUAGAAGUUAAUGAUCGUCAAGGAUUUGUCCCAGCUCCAUAUGUUAAACGACUUGAAGUUUCUGGUUUGAGUGCAUCUCAACAACAUUUAGCUACCGGAGGAUCUAUUGCCGCGAGACAAGCUCAAAUAGAAGCUCAGUAUACAAGAUUGCUUAAUCUAGCCAAAGAACGACAAACCAAACUUGCUGAAACUGUUAAAGCUUAUGUACUAGUCAGAGAAGCGGCGGAAUUAGCUACAUGGAUUAAAGAUAAGGUAAUUUAAAUUUGUAUCAAUUCUUAUUAUUAUUUAUAACUAAUGCUUGUUAUUCUAGGAAAACCAUGCUCAAGUACAAGAUGUCGGAGAAGAUUUGGAACAAGUGGAAGUAAUGCAAAAGAAAUUUGAUGAUUUCCAAUCUGAUUUGAAAGCAAAUGAAGUACGUUUGGCUGAAAUGAAUGAAAUAGCUAUGCAAUUGAUGAGUUUAGGUCAAACUGAAGCAGCAUUAAAAAUCAACACUCAAAUUCAAGUAUGUAAAAUAAUAUAAUAUACUUAUAUUUCUCAUGAUGUAAUUAAUUUUGGUUUGCACAUAAUGUUUCAAAUUAUACUGUGAUAUUCUAUCCUCUGUUAUACACAACAGUUUUGUAAUUUUUACAAAAUAUUUAGACCCAUUCUCUCAUACCUAAACGUUUAAUUUUAAUUGCGUUUAUAAGAUAAUCGACCAAGAUAAGAUUAUUGAUCAUGGUCAGUUAACAGCUGUAAACUCAGUUUAAGAAUCAGAUUAAUGCCUUUUUUUUUCCAUAGGGAGAAUGACCCUUAGUCAUUAUACACCAUAUACCCGGGAAUUACAUUGCCAGGAACAUAUAAAAUAAAUUGUAUUUUAUUAAUUUAUUAAUAUUUAUUUUUCAUUAAAUAUAGGAUUUAAAUGAAAAGUGGACAUCUCUCCAGCAACUUACUCAAGCAAGAGCUACACAGUUAGGAUCGGCACAUGAAGUACAAAGAUUUCAUAGAGAUGUUGAUGAAACACGAGAUUGGAUUCGUGAAAAAGACGACGCUCUUAACAAUGAUGACCUUGGUAAAGAUUUACGAAGUGUUCAAGCUUUGCAACGUAAACAUGAAGGAUUAGAACGUGAUUUGGCUGCUUUACAAGAUAAGGUAUGUAACAUUUAAAUAGUAGUAUAAAUGUUAAGAAUACAAACAUUGUACAUUUUUCUAUUAUAGAUUCGUCAAUUGGAUGAAACUGCGAACCGCUUAAUGAAUACCCAUCCGGAAUCUCGUGAUAAUACAUACAUGAAACAAAGAGAAAUCAAUGAAGAAUGGACUCAAUUAACAGCAAAAGCAAACUCAAGAAAGGAAAAACUUUUAGAUUCUUAUGAUUUGCAACGAUUCUUGUCUGAUUAUCGUGAUUUAAUGUCUUGGAUCAAUUCAAUGAUGGGCUUGGUUUCUAGUGAUGAAUUAGCAUCUGAUGUCACUGGAGCUGAAGCAUUAUUAGAACGUCAUCAGGUAAAAUACAAUAUUUUAAAUAGUUCAUAUUUUUGAACUUUUAUUUUGGAUUUAUGCUUAGUAAUAUCCACAGUAUUAAAACAUAAAUAAUUUACAUUUAUGUCAGACAUAUAUUUAUUAUUUAUGUACUCCUAUCGUUUUUGUAGAGUUUGAGAGCUGAAAUAGACUAUCGUUAUGGUAUAGCUCAGGUAUAAUAUGAAGUAUUGGUUUUUGUGUAAAUGUCAUUUUACAGUUUGCACUUCACUUACACUAUUGAAGUUUUUAUAUUUUUUUUUAAGUUUUGUUUUUUUACAUUCUAAAUAUAAUAUUAGUAAAUACUUUAUAAUAUACAGCAAUAUAGUGCCCAGAUUCUUAUAAGCAAAUUAAUAUUAUUUCAGAUAGAUACAUUUGUACACUGAUUGUUUUAAAUUUAUUAUGAAUAUUAAGUUAUAUAUUCAUUCUUCUUUUAACAAAAAUCUGAUAAUUGGGCAAAACAAUUCAAAUUUCACAACACAUUAACAAUUAUUGUCAAUGCACUUUUUAUUUGAUUUGUAGGUACUUAAUUUGUUAUACACUAGAUUAUAAUAAUAUUAAUUUUACUACAUCAAGCAUAAUGCAACAAAGAAAAUUGCACAUUGAAUGAUCAUAAAAAAUUAAUAUAUAUAUAUAUAUAUUCAUUUUUAAUUUCUCAGUUGUAUGUAUAUGAUAUAAAAUUAAUUUUUUUUAUUGAAUGGUCAAUAUUUUUGAGGCAAUUAAUAUAAUUAUUUCAAUUUAAAAUUAGAUUAAUUUACAAUUAGUAUUUUAACCAUGUCCUAAAGGGUUAAUAAAUAAUUAUUUUGUGAAUUUAAUAAUAUAUAAACUCAUAGUUCAUAUAUUAAAAAGACUUGUAUUUUAUUCAACAAUUGAAUAUAUUUUGCUGAAAAAAUGAUAUGAAUAUCUGGGCCUAAAUAUUAAUUUUAAUAAAAUUAACUCAUUAUCUUUGUAUUUUUAUGUAUAUAAUAAUGUAUUUGAUUUUAUUUAAAUAAUUUACUUACUCAAGUGUUAUUAUAUUACAAUCGACAAAUUAAUGAGUAACUGUAUACUAAUAAAAUACACCAACAUUUUCUAUUUAAACUAAUAGUUACAUUUCUACUAUCUAUUAAUACCAUUUUAGAGAAGAUAAUCUUUUUUUUGAGUGUUACUAAAAAAAAUUAAUAUUUCAUUCUGUCACAAUUUUUCACUAUUUAGAAUAAAAUAAUUUGUUAAAAUUCUUAUAUUCAAUAUUUAUCAUUUUUAUUUAAGGAACAUCGUACAGAAAUUGAUGCUCGUACUGGUACCUUUCAAACAUUUGAAAUGUUUGGUCAGCAACUUUUACAAUCUGGACAUUAUGCAAGUGUCGAAAUUCAAGAAAAACUUGAAAGUAUGACCGAAGCUAGACAAGAAUUAGAAGAGUGAGUUUUUAGUAUUUUUCAGAUUUUUUUUACACUAAUAAUGUUAAAUAAUAAACAGGGCAUGGAUAAAUCGCCGAAUGCAGUUAGACCAGUGUUUGGAAUUGCAAUUAUUCUAUAGAGACUGUGAACAGGCUGAAAAUUGGAUGUCUGCUCGUGAAGCAUUCCUUGCAUCUGAAGAAGUUGAUUCUAAAGGAGACAAUGUUGAAGCUUUAAUUAAGAAACAUGAAGAUUUUGAUAAAGCAAUCAAUGCUCAUGUAUGUUUGUCAUUGAAAUAUAAAUUGUCUUAGUCUUAAUAGUAAUUUAUUUUAUCUUUAGGAAGAAAAAAUUGCUGCUUUACAAACUUUAGCUGAUCAAUUAAUGGCUGCUCAACAUUAUGCUGCGAAGCCCAUUGAUGAAAAAAGACAGCAAGUUUUAAAUAGAUGGCGUCAUUUAAAAGAGGCAUUAAUUGAGAAAAGAUCAAAACUGGGUGAAUCACAAACACUACAACAGUUCAGUAGAGAUGCCGAUGAAAUUGAAAAUUGGAUUGCAGAGAAACUGCAGUUAGCUACUGAAGAAAGCUACAAAGAUCCAGCUAAUAUCCAGUCUAAACAUCAAAAGCAUCAAGCAUUUGAAGCUGAGUUAGCUGCUAAUGCAGAUCGUAUUCAAAGUGUUUUAGGUAUGGGACAAAAUUUGAUUGAUAAACACCAAUGUGCUGGAUCUGAAGAAGCUGUUCAGGUAUUUAUACAAUAUUAUAAUAUAUGAGUGAUAGUUCAUAUUCAUUUUUUUAAUAUUUAUACUUACUGUAUUGUAGUCAAGAUUAGGAUCCAUUGCUGAUCAAUGGGAAUAUUUGACUCAAAAAACAACUGAGAAAUCUUUAAAACUUAAAGAAGCUAAUAAACAGCGUACUUAUAUUGCUGCAGUUAAAGAUUUAGACUUUUGGUUGGGCGAAGUAGAAUCGUUAUUAACAUCUGAAGACUCUGGAAAAGAUUUAGCAUCCGUUCAGAAUUUAAUCAAAAAACAUCAACUUGUUGAAGCUGAUAUUCAAGCUCACGAGGAUCGUAUUCGAGGUUUUAAAUAAUAAAAUAAAAUAAAAUGUUAAAAUAUUCAUUAAUUGUAAUUGUAUAUUUUUUCUAUAUAAUAUUCAGAUAUGAAUGGUCAAGCAGAUUCUUUAAUUGAAAGUGGUCAAUUUGAAGCAGGAAGUAUUCAAGAACGUCGUAGUUCCAUUAAUGAACGAUAUGAACGUAUUAGAAACUUAGCAGCUCAUCGUCAAGCUCGUUUGAAUGAAGCUAAUACAUUACAUCAGUUUUUCAGGGAUAUUGCUGAUGAAGAAUCAUGGAUAAAGUAAGUUAUUACUUAACACUAUUUAAAAAUUAAAAUUUAUUUAUUGUUAUUGUUAGAGAGAAAAAACUUUUGGUUGGAUCUGAUGAUUAUGGCCGUGAUUUAACUGGUGUUCAAAAUCUGAAGAAAAAACACAAGCGUCUUGAAGCAGAAUUAGCAUCUCAUGAACCAGCUAUACAAUCAGUACAAGAAGCUGGUGAAAAAUUAAUGGAUGUUUCUAACUUAGGCGUUCCUGAAAUUGAACAGGUAUAUAUUUUUUUUUUUAUGCUUUUCAAAUUUUUUAUUUUUAUUUAUUUUAUUUUUUUUCUCAGCGAUUAAAGUUACUUAAUCAAGCAUGGGAUGAAUUAAAGCAAAUGGCUUCUACACGAGGUAAGAAAUUAGACGAAUCUUUAACCUAUCAACAAUUUUUGGCCAAAGUUGAAGAAGAAGAAGCAUGGAUCAGGUUAGUCAAUUAAAAACAUAUUGAUAUAAUUACAGAAGAAACUUUUUAUAAUUUAUCAUUAUUUUUAUUCUAGUGAAAAACAUCAACUAUUAUCCGUGGAAGAUUUUGGUGAUACUAUGGCAGCUGUGCAAGGUCUUUUGAAAAAGCACGAUGCAUUUGAAACUGAUUUUGCUGUACAUCGUGAUCGUUGUGAACAAAUAAGCCAUGGAGGAAUAGACCUUGCUGAUUCUAAAAAUCAUCAUGCGGAUAGUAUUUUACAGCGUUGCCAACAACUUCAGGUAUACAUACAUAACAUUUUAAUUUAAAUAUAUAUAAUUAAUAUAACUUAUUAUGUAAAAUAGAUUAAGUUGGACAAUUUAUCUGCACUGGCUGCUAAACGAAAGUCGAAGUUAAUGGACAAUUCAGCUUAUUUACAAUUUAUGUGGAAAGCAGAUGUUGUCGAAUCUUGGAUUGCCGAUAAAGAAACUCAUGUUCGAUCAGAAGAGUAUGGGAGAGAUUUAUCCACUGUUCAGACUUUACUUACUAAACAAGAAACAUUUGAUGCUGGUAAAAACUAAAUUUAAAUGUUUAUUGGUUUUCAUCAAAUUACUUAAAAUUUAAAUAACAUGAUUUCUAGGUUUGCACGCAUUUGAACAUGAAGGAAUACAAAAUAUCACUGUUCUUAAAGAACAAUUAAUUACUGCUAAUCAUAAUCAAACUGAAGCAAUAUUAAGACGACAUGCUGAUGUUAUUAACAGGUACGUAUUAUUUAAUUUUGUGUAUAGGUAGUUUAAUAAUUUUAAGAACUGAAAUUUUAUUAUACUUAAAAUAAAAUUUGUUGUUUAGAUGGCAACAAUUAUUAGAAGCUUCUAAUGAUCGCGAACAACAACUAUUACUUAUGCAAAAUCAAUUCCGGCAAAUUGAAGAUUUGUAUUUGACUUUCGCAAAAAAAGCUUCUGCAUUUAACUCCUGGUUUGAAAAUGCUGAAGAAGAUUUAACAGAUCCUGUGCGUUGUAACUCCAUAGAAGAAAUAAGAGCACUUCGUGAAGCACAUGCACAAUUUCAAGUAAAUGAAUAAUUAUUAUUUAUUAAUAUGUAUUUUUGAAAAACUGAAAAUGUACUAUUUAUCUAUUAUUAUUUAAUAUUUAUAUGGUUAUUUUAUAGGCAUCACUAACGUCUGCCCAGAAAGAUUUUGAAGCUUUGGCUGCUCUUGAUCAUCAGAUUAAAAGUUUUAAUGUGGGUCCAAAUCCAUACACAUGGUUCACCAUGGAAGCUUUAGAGGACACUUGGCGUAAUCUUCAAAAAAUUAUAAAGGAACGUGAUAUUGAAUUGACUAAAGAAGCCCAGCGACAAGAUGAAAAUGAUACAUUAAGAAAAGAAUUUGCUAAACAUGCCAACACUUUCCAUCAAUGGUUAACUGAAACCAGGUAUUACUUCACUUGAGCAAUUUAUUGUUCCACUAUUUAUUGAAAUAAUAAUUCAAAUACUAUUUUCUUUUUUUAAAUAUAGAACAUCAAUGAUGGAAGGAUCUGGUUCGUUAGAACAACAAUUGGAAGCAAUCAAAGUAAAUUAAUUAAUAAAACUAAUUUUGUGUUUCAUUAAUUAAUUAAAAUUUUAAUAGCGUAAAGCAACUGAAGUGCGUUCACGGCGUUCAGAUUUGAAGAAAAUUGAAGACCUUGGAGCUAUUCUUGAAGAACACUUGAUAUUAGAUAACAGGUCUGUACAAAGUUUUAUGACAUAUUAUUUUCUCUAAAAACAAAUACUUUAAUAAAUUACAAUUAUUUGUUAGGUACACAGAACAUAGUACGGUUGGUUUAGCCCAGCAAUGGGAUCAACUAGAUCAAUUAGGUAUGCGAAUGCAACACAACUUAGAACAGCAGAUUCAAGCUAGAAAUCAAUCUGGUGUCAGUGAAGACGCAUUAAAAGAAUUCUCAAUGAUGUUCAAACACUUUGACAAAGACCGUUCAGGGCGCCUUGACAAAACUGAAUUCAAAUCUUGUCUCAGAGCCUUGGGUUAUGAUUUACCCAUGGUAGAAGAAGGACAACCCGAUCCUGAAUUUGAAGCUAUUUUAGGUACCUAUCUUGUAUUGUAUUAAGUUAGUAUUUUUACAGUGUUUCAUAUAAUGUUUAAUUUUUAGAUGUGGUCGACCCAAAUCGCGAUGGUUAUGUUUCUCUUCAAGAAUAUAUGGCAUUCAUGAUCAGCAAAGAAACCGAGAAUGUACAAAGUUCAGAAGAGAUUGAAAAUGCUUUUAGGGCAAUCACAGCCGGGGAUAGGCCGUAUGUUACAAAAGAAGAACUUUAUGCCGUAAGUAACAAUUUCCUUAUUAAACAAUAUUUAUUAAUAAUGGCAUUUAUUUGCAUAUAGAACCUUACCAAAGACAUGGCCGAUUAUUGUGUUGCUCGUAUGAAGCCGUUUGUUGAUAUCAAAACUGAACGUCCAAUCACCGGUGCUCUAGAUUACAUAGAAUUCACAAAAACACUUUUCCAAAAUUAAAUAAUAAUAAUUUAUUGCACGCUAUAUCAGAGUUUGUUUAUAAUAGAUUUAUUUACAUGUUUAAUUAUUUUUUAGCUUAAGACUAAAAAUCUUGUGAGCAAUUUAAAAUUAAUUUGCAUUUGAAAUAUCAUAUGUUAUAUUAAUAAAAUAUUUUAUUUUUACUUGAAUGUUCCAAAUUUUAAUUGAAAAGUGAAUUUUUAUUUGAUAUCUUUAUGUUUAACACUUAUACAUGUAUACUAUAAAAAGAUAUACCUACUAACAUUAUGUUUUUUUUUUUUUUUUUUAUAAUUAUUUAUUUAUUUAUUUAGCAUAGAAAGAGAUGAUUUAUAUUAUUGAAUUGCUUGUUGCUUGUGAGUUUUAUUAAUGCAAUUAUAUCAUUUUACCUAAUUUAUUUUCACAAUAUAAAGUCUCGCCAAAUA